AUGAUAUUGAACUGUAGAGUUUGUUCAGGGAAUCGUGGGGUGAUCGUCUCAAACGGACAAAUUUGGCAGGAACAACGGAGGUUUUCAUUGCACGUGCUGAGAAACUUGGGAGUAAGUCGAAAUCUCAUGGAAGAGCGAAUUAUGGAUGAAUUUAAUCUGAGAUUCGAUGAAAUUGACCAGCUGCCUUCCGGUUCACCAGUCGAUCCGUUUUCGCUGUUUGACAGGAUGGUUGGUGGAGUCAUCAACCGAAUGUUGUUCUCUGAUCCUCUUGAUGAGAAAGAAGAACUAAAGUUCUACAAACUGAAGAAGGAAUUGGACUACUUCGUCGAUGAGUUAUCGUUCAGCCACAUAUUCGUGAGAGAAUGGAUGCUGAGAGUUCCAUUCCUAAACGCACGAUGGAAGAAGAUGCUUGAGCCUGUCCACAAUAUCAAGGCAUUCUUCAUAAAGCAGAUAGAGGAGAGGAAGAAGGCUAUUGAAGACGGUAGUCACAUUAUUGAUGAGGAGCCCAAAGAUUAUACAGAUGCUUUCAUCCAGAAAAUGAGAGAAGAUGCUACAGAAGGUGUCAAGAACAGCUCUUUUGAUGAUGAAUCAUUGGUCGUUAAUAUUCUGGAUCUGUGGACAGCUGGUCAGGAGACCACCUCAACGACUCUUAUUUGGGCGAUGAUACUUUUGCUAAGAAACUCACAGGUUAUCACUAAUGUCAGGGAAGAACUGUUGAGAGUUACAGGCGGUUCACGGCCGCUCUCUCUUAAGGAUAAGAUCGAGACCUCCUACUUUGUUGCAACUUUAACGGAGAUUCAACGGAUCGCCUCCAUUCUGAAUGUGAACAUAUUUCGCCUAACCAAUGCAGAGGCCGAAAUCGGCGGACAUGCAGUGCCAAGAAAUACUGUGGUGUCCGCUGAGUUGUCUCUAAUCCUAAGCGAUAGUGAUAAGUUUCUGGAUCCUGAUGAGUUUGAUCCGUCUCGAUUUAUCGCGAAUCCUUCACUUGCAUCACAUGUGAUUCCAUUUGGACUUGGCCGGAGAGCCUGCCUUGGGGAAGCGCUGGCUCGAGCCGAACUCUACUUGAUGCUCGGAAAUCUUCUCCUUCGCUACUCCAUCAAGUGUGUUUCUGGUCUUCCAUCAACAGCCGAAGUGAAUAAAUUCGGGAUUAUGAAGAAACCCCCACACUUCGAAAUGACGUUCAACAAGAUUGCUUAA